CACUGCACAAACGGUAGUGAAGCCUUUGUCUUAAGCUUAUGAUGCUGAAGGCACCACUCUUGCAGGCAGACACUUAGGCUAAAAUUGCUUAGAAAAGAGUUUCCGUCUUUAUCCACUUGAAGCAGGUGUUUGCGCGAAAAACUGCUGUACCUUUUGGUUGUCAAGUUUUCCGGGUUUGGAUGAGACAGCUCCAGGAAUAGUGACAGAGGUGUGAGGCAGCAAGACCCACACCAAACACCCCCCGGCAGCCAUGCCGCCGCCGGCAGAUAUUGUCAAGGUGGCCAUUGAGUGGCCGGGGGCUUUCCCCAAGCUCAUGGAGAUAGAUCAGAAAAAGCCUCUCUCAGCCAUCAUUAAAGAAGUGUGCGAGGGGUGGUCCUUGGGGAACCCUGAAAACUUUGCUCUGCAGAUUGCUGACGCUACCAAUUUCUACAUCACAGAAAAGAACCGCAAUGACAUUAAGAAUGGUUCAAUCCUGCGCUUGACCAAUUCUCCUUACCAGACAGCAGUGCUGCUUCAUGAGAAUAUCCAGUCAUCCAGCAUGGAUUCCAAACUGGAAUCGCUGAAGAACCUGGCCAAUGCGUCGAGGGAUAUCACCUUCGCCCAGGAGUUCAUCAACCUGGAUGGCAUCUCCCUGCUUACUCAAAUGGUGGAGAGUGGGACUGAGCGGUAUCAGAAACUACAGAAGAUUAUGAAGCCCUGUUUUGGCGACUUGCUGUCCUUCACUCUCACGGCCUUCGUGGAGCUGAUGGAUCAUGGCAUCGUCUCCUGGGACACUUUCUCUGUGGCCUUCAUCAAGAAGAUUGCCAGCUAUGUGAACAAGUCAGCCAUGGACACAGCAGUGCUGCAGCGGUCCUUGGCCAUCCUGGAGUCCAUGGUGCUCAACAGUCAGGAUCUGUACCACAAGGUGGCGCAAGAGAUCACAAUUGGACAGCUCAUCCCCCAUCUUCAAGGGACUGACCAAGACAUUCAGACCUACACUAUUGCUGUCAUCAACGCUCUCUUCCUCAAAGCUCCUGAGGAGAAGAGACAGGAGAUGGCCCACAUUCUUGCCCAGAAACAGCUGCGCUCCAUCAUCCUAAGUAAUGUGAUCCGGAGCAACACACCCAUCAACGACGAGAUGGCCCACCAGCUGUACGUGCUGCAGGUGCUCACCUUCAAUCUCCUGGAGGACCGCAUGAUGACCAAAAUGGAUCCCCAGGACCAGGCUCAGAGGGACAUCAUCUUUGAGCUACGGAGAAUUGCCUUUGACGUGGAGUGUGAGCCCAACAACAGCGGCAGCAUCGAGAAACGCAAGUCCAUGUACACCCGUGACUACAAGAAGCUCGGCUUCAUUAACCAUGUGAAUCCAGCUGUGGAUUUCACCCAGAUACCUCCAGGCAUGCUGGCUCUGGAUAACAUGUUGUACUUUGCCAGACACCACCAGGACGCCUACAUCAGGAUUGUUCUUGAGAACAGCAGUCGAGAAGACAAGCACGAGUGUCCAUUUGGCCGCAGCAGUAUCGAACUGACCAAGAUGCUCUGUGAGAUUCUGAAAGUGGGCGAGCUUCCCAGUGAAAACUGCCACGACUUCCACCCCAUGUUCUUCACCCACGACCGUUCCUUCGAGGAGUUCUUCUGCAUCUGCAUCCAGCUGCUCAACAAGACCUGGAAGGAGAUGAGAGCUACAAGUGAAGACUUCAACAAGGUAAUGCAGGUGGUGAGGGAGCAGAUCAUGCGAGCACUGACUCUCAAGCCUAAUUCCCUGGACCAGUUCAAGAGUCGCCUGCAGAACCUGAGCUACACAGAGAUCCUGAAGAUACGUCAGUCGGAGAGGAUGAAUCAGGAAGACUUCCAGUCCCGCCCCAUCCUGGAGCUGAGGGAGAAGAUCCAGCCAGAGAUCAUGGAGCUGAUCAAACAACAGAGACUCAACAGGUUGUGUGAGGGAACCUGCUUCAGGAAAAUCAGUAGUCGCAGGAGGCAAGAUAAGUUUUGGUAUUGUCGACUGUCUCCGAACCAUAAAGUCCUGCACUAUGGAGACCUGGAGGAGAGCCCUCAGGGCGAGGUGCCCCACGACUCUUUACAGGACAAAUUGCCUGUGGCUGAUAUCAAAGCUGUUAUCACCGGCAAAGACUGUCCUCACAUGAAGGAGAAGGGAGCCCUGAAGCAAAACAAGGAGGUGUUAGAGCUGGCCUUCUCUGUCCUCUACGAGUCCGACGAGUAUUUAAACUUUAUUGCUCCUGACAAGCAUGAGUACUGCGUGUGGACAGAUGGUCUAAACGCCCUCCUGGGUAAAGAGAUGACCAGCGAUUACACCAAAUCUGACAUGGACACCCUGCUCUCCAUGGAGAUGAAACUCCGCCUCUUGGAUCUAGAGAACAUCCAGAUUCCCGAGAACCCGCCCCCAAUUCCCAAAGAACCUAGCAACUAUGACUUUGUUUAUGACUGUAACUAGACAAACAACCCACGAGCCCGGACCCAAGCCCACCCCAGCACCUGCUGUACUCACUGGACCAAUCCCCUUUCUUACAAACUACAACAAAAAUGAAUCUAACCAAUAUAACAUAAAAAAUGAACUGUGAUUAAAAGAAAAACGGAUUUAUUGAGCCUUUUUCCUCUUGCUUCUCGCUAGACCUUUAUAAGAGGGAAAACGGCGCAUAUUAAUAGGCUCGUUGAACUUGAGGACUCUGGGUCUCGGGGUGCAGCUCUUCACACAGUACUUGCAGAGUCAUCAGGUUGCCACAGAGAAGAGAAACCAGGAAGUAUUUGUUUGGCCCGCCGUUGGUCAUUCUGUGUCUUCUUCCUCGCUCUCCUCCUGUGUCUGAAAACUCACUUAACUUCUUCUUCUCGGCCAAUGCGCCAGCUGUCAGUUUGCUUGAAGAUUGUUGUAGAGAAAUGCUUAGAAAAUUCUAUUUGAUUCAGCUUCCUUGUUGUCCUUUUUAUGUUUAUUUUAUUAUUUUUCCUCAGGGCUAUUGUGUGGGGAGGGAUAAG